CCACAAAUUUGCCCUUUGCCGCACUUUACUUGUGCAUGCAUUUACCUGAAACCUAUCUGCAUCAACCAUUCAUCAGAAUCAAUCUUAGCCAUGAGUUUUCCAAAUAUCAACGGGCACUCAAUGGAACCGAGCGAUACCCGGUUUGGUUCCCCUCAUCUUUCCUUGGCCAUGCCAGUGGAAACCGCUCAAGAAACUCCUUUGGCCGACGCUGAGUUGAUCUCUCUGAGUGGAAACUUUUUGGAAGCUUUUGACAACGAAAACAGCGAAUUGGAGAGUUUGGUGAGAGACUUGGGAAGUCGCAACGUAGAACUUCAGGAGAGAAAGGUAUUUCAGCGUCGAUUCUUGGUGCACAAGUUGGCGCUCCCAAUGUGCGUCCUGUUCCUGUUGAUUGUUGCGGCAGUGACGGUUCACUCCUUUGCCGCCAACAAUCAUGCUUCCAAAGGCAACCCAGCGGUUAUAGUACUGAUGAGAAAGGGAGAUUGAGCACCAGCGGGAUUGACUACAGACGACGACGACGAAGACCAACGGUGGCAAAGUUAUUAAAGCCCACCUUUGUUAUGAUGACAGACAUCUAUAUUGCUUGUGAGAUAACAUACAUAUUCCCUUCUACUAAGCGAAAAC